AUGUCCGUCAUUCCACUGCCAUUGCUGUUCGCCCCACCUGGAGCAGCUGCCAACAGAUUUUGCCAGGAGCACAUACAUGAACAAAUAAAAUUUAAUCAGUUGAUUGGGAAAGUUGGACAGGGUAAAGAGUCUCGCCCUGACCCAGAAGUGCAUACUGCUGCCCAAAAGAAAUCAAAUAAAUUGAUAAAAGUUGAAUCUAUUGAGUCAGAAAAUGAGACAAAUUCAGAUGGCUCGGAUGCCGAGGAAAAGUCAGAUGACUCAGAUACUGAGGAAAAAAUAUAUGAUGAGCCUAUUGAGGAUAAAACAGUCCAUUUUGAGGAAAUGUUAAAUUCUUUUAUGAAAAAAUUGUCACAGAUUGAAGUAAUGCAACGACCCCCUUUAAGGGUGAAUGUUUGUGAGCCCUCUUUAACAGCUCUAGGGGACUCAGAAUUCUUUCCGCCACCCCCUCCGCCUGUUAUUCCCCAGGCGCAGUCUACUCGGUCUGCGCAGCUUAGUCGGCCCAGGCCUUUGAAGUUAUCUAGUCCUCCUAAUGAUAAAUUCCCUCUUGGGACAGGGUCUAUUUGCCCUCCCAGGCGUAGUGCCUUGCAGCUCUCAUUAGCACAGGCUGCUCAAAGAGGGGAGGAUAUUUCUGGUUUUCAUUUAUUUCCUGUAAUGGAGGACCAAAAUCAACAAAGAACUCACCAACCUAUUCAAUUUAAGCAAAUAAGAGACUUGAAAAACGCUUGCGCUCAAUAUGGACCUACGGCUCCAUUUACGCAGGUAAUUUUGGAAACAUUGUCCACUGAUGCUUUAUGCCCUAAUGAUUGGAAACAAUUAGCCAGAGCUUAUCUUAGUGGAGGAGAUUACUUGUUGUGGAAGUCUGAAUUUGUGGAACAGUGUCAGGCCACAGCAGAGGUUAAUAGGGCUAAUAAUAUACCUACUACUUUUGCAGAGCUUGCUGGGGAAGGUGCUUAUAAUGACAUCCAUACCCAGUUAAAUUACCCUUUGGGCACAUAUGCUUAGAUUAAUGCCACUGCUAAGCGUGCCCGGAAGAAACUUCCUAACUCUAAUAAGACUGAGGAUCUUUCUAAAAUUAGACAAGGACCAGAUGAACCUUAUCAAGACUUUGUCUCUCGGUUACUAGAGGCAACAGGCCGUCUCAUCCAAGAUGGGGAUGCCGGUAUGGUUCUUGUACAAUUGGCAUAUGAAAAUGCUAAUGCAGCUUGCCAAGCAGCCAUUAGACCACUUAGAAAAAAAGGAGGAAUAACUGAUUAUAUUCGGCUCUGUGCUGACAUUGGCUCAUCCUAUAUGCAGGGCCUCACACUGGCUGCUGCACUUCAGGGACAAACCAUAACUGAAUUCCUCCGCUCUCCCCAGGGAGGCAAAAAUGGAGGAAGAUGUCCCCGAAUUGCUGGACCUCCGGGCAGCUGUUUUUCUUGCGGCCAAAUGGGCCACCUAAUAACUCAAUGUCCUAAUCAGAAAAAGGUAGCUAAACUAAGGAGAUGCCCCCGAUGUAAUAAGGGAAGACAUUGGGCCAGGGAUUGUAAACUUGCUUUUGAUAGUGCUGGCCAUCCGAUUACGGAAAACUGGCAGAGGGGCCAGCCCCUGGCCCCUCAACAAAAAAACGGGGCAGCCCCGUGCUUUUCAUGGCUUCAAGCCUACCUGCUGGCAACCAACAGCAACAACAACAAACGGUUUCCAGUCUCCUCAGAGCAACCCCAGGAAGUGCAGGAUUGGACCUCUGUUCCUCCACCUACACAGUAUUAA